CCUCUCCCCCUUGCCUUGGCUCCAAAGGAAAGCAUUAACACGCCCCUCCCCCCCAUGCCCAGGCCAGGAGGUGAGGGAUGACGCGAAGAGUGCCUGUCAGUCUGUUACUCGCUACGGGGACGGGAGAAGCGCGCGCCGGAUCCUCUGAUUACAGGCACCACGAUGAAGGCGGGCAUCCCCUUGGGCAUGGCGCUGUGGGUAUUUUGGGCAUUAGCGAGUCUAGCGUCUGCCCAGGAAAGCUGCAGCGUCAAGGAACAGUGUAGUGAUUGCAUCCAAACGCCAGGGUGUUUGUGGUGCUCGAAACCCAAGGAGGGCAGCCCCACGAGCAGCCACUGCGUUCCAGAUACGUCGCAGCUCCAGAGUUUCUGCGACGCCCAGCACAUCGAGAAUCCGCAGAACGAUGUUAAGGUGGUGCAGAACGACCCGCUGAGUGAUGUUUCGAAAGACGUAAGACAGACAGUGAGAAUCAUACAGCUGGCACCGCAAAGACUUCGACUAAAAUUACGCAAAGGGAAAACCCAGCACAUCAGCGUGACCUACAGACAAGUCAAGGACUACCCAGUCGACCUAUACUACCUCAUGGACCUCUCCAACUCCAUGUUAGACGACAAGGAGAACCUCGCCAAGCUAGGUUCGAAGCUGGCCGAUACCAUGAGGAACCUCACGACGCAGUUCAAGCUUGGUUUUGGCUCCUUCGUGGAUAAGGUGCUGAUGCCCUUCGCAGAUACGGCCGAGGAGAAGCUCCAAAGGCCCUGCUCCGGCUGCGCUCCUCCGUACUCCUACAGGAAUGACCUUCCCCUCGACAGUGAUCCUUCGAAGUUUACGGCGAAAGUGCUCGGUGCCCCUAUCUCAGGCAACAUGGACGCUCCUGAGGGAGGAUUCGACGCCCUAAUGCAGGCCAUGGUGUGCAAGGAGCAGAUCGGCUGGCGGGACACAGUACGCAGGAUCAUCGUCUUUUCCACUGACGCCAAAUUCCACCAUGCGGGAGACGGCAGGCUCGCGGGGAUCGUGCAGCCGAACGACGAGCAGUGUCACCUGGACAAAGAUGGCGUGUACAAUGACUUCGACAAGUACGACUACCCUUCUGUGGCGCAGAUCAACAAAAUUGCCCAACGAGAGGAAAUCAACGUGAUCUUUGCCGUGUCUGGCUAUCCGGACCUUUACGAAUCACUCUCCAAGAUGAUCGAGGCUUCAUCUUUCGGCGUCCUGGAUGCCAACUCGGCCAACGUGGUAGAACUCGUCAAGGAGCAGUACGAAAGAAUCACCUCAAAGAUCAAACUGAGCGACAACCUGACUGACACUUCCCCAGUCACCAUCAGCUACUCCUCGAAGUGUCAUGGCACCCAGGACGUGGCGACGAGCGAGUGCGGUAACAUGAAAGAAGGAUCCGAGGUUGUUUUCGAUCUCGACGUGACGGCGAUCGAGUGCCCAGCUGACGGAAAACCCUUCUUCAUCGAGGUGAAGACGCUGCAGGACAAACUCAUUCUCGAGGUGGAGUUCGACUGCAGCUGCGGAUGUGAGACAACGGAUCGAGUGGACAAUUCCACCAGCUGCCAUCUCCAAGGGGCUCUCGUGUGUGGCGUGUGUUCGUGCUACCCGGGAUUCCGCGGUGACCGUUGCCAAUGCUCGACCAGUGGUUUCCAUGAACUCAAUGAAGAUGAGAGUCAGUGCAUCAUGCCAGGAGACGCUUAUGCCUGUUCGAAUCAAGGUUACUGCAGCUGCGGCGCAUGCGUGUGUGACAGCCCAGACUUCGUGAACGGGAAGUACUGCCAAUGCAACCGGCGUUUGUGCAGCAACGGGAACGACAAGGAGUGUUCUGGUCACGGGACUUGCGACUGCGGGAAGUGCAAAUGCAAGCCAGGCUACGAGGGGCAGUUCUGCGAGUGCGAGGAUGACUCGAAGUGCAGAGAACUAGGCAAACAAGAAGUGUGUUCGGGUCACGGGGAGUGCAAGUGUGGCAAGUGUCGAUGUACUCAGUCGGACAAUGUCCAUUACUCCGGGCAGUACUGCGAAGAUUGCCAGUCCUGCAGUACAGGGAAGUGCAGUAAGUUCCGUGACUGCGUUCAGUGCCAACACUUCGGGACGGGGGUGUUGGAUAAAGAGGAGUGUAACAAGUGCGAGAUCAAGCCCCAACCAGUCGACUUUUUGGACGACAAGAUCUUAAACAACGCUCGUCUUUGCACUUUCGAAGACACAGAUACAGGCUGUUACUUCAACUUCACGUAUCUGUACAUGGAUAACGGAAAGUACAGCAUUUACGUGCUUAGGGAACAGCAGUGUCCGGAAGCUGCACCUGUUUUGGGUAUCGUGUUCGGACUCGUUGCAGCCAUCGUGGCUAUCGGCCUCCUCACGCUCCUGAUCUGGAAAUUGCUUACAACAAUACACGACCGUCGAGAGUAUGCCAAGUUUGAAGAUGAACGCAGGAAAGCUCAGUGGAAUACGGAUGGCAACCCUCUUUACCGACCUGCAACCAACACAUUCAAGAACCCGGCCUUUGCCCAACAGGCUCAGUGAUAGGAGGCCGAUCAGUAUGCUUGUGAUUCUAAAUAUACAUUUGAUUUUCUCCUUUUCUUCUUCACAGCCGAUUUAUAUUUUCACAUUUGUGUUUUUCAAAUUACGUGUAUUGUUAUUUUUUAGUCUUCACACCUGGUUUUCUUAUGUUUGCUCUUAAUGUCUUUUCUAUGAUGAAAUGUCUUUUCUAUGAUGAAAUCCGCGUCCCCAAUUUUAUUACGUCCUAUGACAUAUCAGACUAAUUUUCAUGAGAUAUUAAUAUUCGUUCAGUCUUGAUUAAAGAGGGUGAAUUUUUUUUUUUGUACAAUGAAGUUUCUUUUGCCUUGUCUUAAAAUGUGCAGAAUUAGCAAUGUUAACAUAUGACACCAAAGAUUUAAUAAACAUGACACCAAAGAGUGGAGUAUAAAAUUA